AUGGCCCCAGAUCUACCUGAAUGGACUGAAUUCACCCCCAACACACAGUCACUCUCCGUUGAUCUCUUUCCACCCCACUCCUCCCUACUCUACCUGCCUCUUCACUCUCUUUCCACCCCACCCCCUCCUACUCUACCUGCCUCUUCACUCUCUUUCCACCCCACCCCCUCCUACUCUACCUGUCUCUUCACUCUCUCUUUCCACCCCACUCCCUCCUACUCUACCUGCCUCUUCACUCUCUCUUUCCACCCCACUCCCUCCUACUCUACCUGCCUCUUCACUCUCUCUCUUUCCACCCCACUCCUUCCUACUCUACCUGCCCCUUCACUCUCUCUCUCUCUCUCUUUCCACCCCACUCCCUCCUACUCUACCUGCCUCUUCACUCUCUCUUUCCACCCCACUCCCUCCUACUCUACCUGCCUCUUCACUCUCUCUUUCCACCGUACUCCCUCCUACUCUACCUGCCUCUUCACUCUCUCUUUCCACCCCACUCCCUCCUACUCUACCUGUCUCUUCACUCUCUCUUUCCACCCCACUCCCUCCUACUCUACCUGCCUCUUCACUCUCUCUUUCCACCCCACUCCCUCCUACUCUACCUGCCUCUUCACUCUCUCUUUCCACCCUACUCCUUCCUACUCUACCUGCCUCUUCACUCUCUCUCUCUCUUUCCACCCCACUCUCUCCUACACUACCUGCCUCUUCACUCUCUCUUUCCACCCUAAUCCUUCCUACUCUACCUGCCUCUUCACUCUCUCCUUCCACUCCACUCCCUCCUACUCUACCUGCCUCUUCACUCUCUUUCCACCCUACUCCUUCCUACUCUACCUGCCUCUUCACUCUCUCUCUUUCCACCCCACUCCUUCCUACUCUACCUGCCUCUUCACUCUCUCUCUUUCCACCCCACUCCCUCCUACUCUACCUGCCUCUUCUCUCUCUCUCUCUCUCUCUCUCUCUCCUCUUUAUUCAUAUUUGGUCUGGUUGGAGGAGAGAUGAGCAGUUGAAGUGAUUACAUUUUUUUGAUAGUUAUCUAAUCAUGUAUAUCUAACGUAUGUUUAUUUUGUGUGAUUAUAUACAUUUUAUGUACAGUUGAAGUCAGAAGGUUACAUACACUUAGGUUGGAGUCAUUAACUUGAUUUUCAACCACUCCACACAUUUCUUGUUAACAAACUAUAGUUUUGGCACGUUGGUUAGGACAUCUACUUUGUACAUGACACAAGUCAUUUUUCCAACAAUUGUUUACAGACAGAUUAUUUCACAUAUAAUUCACUGUAUCACAACUCCAGUGGGUCAGACGUUUACAUACACUAAGUUGACUGUGCCUUUAAACAGCUUGGAAAAUUCCAGAAAAUGAUGUUAUAGCUUUAUAAGCUUCUGAUAGACUAAUUUACAUAAUUUGAGUCAAUUGGAGGUGUACCUGUGGAAGUAUUUCAAGGCCUACCUUCAAACUCAGUGCCUCUUUGCUUGACAUGGGAAAAACUAAAGAAAUCAGCCAAUACCUCAAAAGAAAAUAAUGUAGACCGCCACAAGUCUGGUACAUCCUUGGGAGCAAUUUCCAAAUGCCUGAUGGUACCACGUUCAUCUGUACAAACAAUAGUACGCAAGUAUAAACCCCAUGGGACCACGCAGCCGUCAUACCGCUCAGGAAGGACACGUGUUCUGUCUCCUAGAGAUGAACGUACUUUGUUGCGAAAAGUGCAAAUCAAUCCCAGAACAACAGCAAAGGACCCUGUGAAGAUGCUGGAGGAAACAGGUACAAAAGUAUCUAUAUCCACAGUAAAACGAGUUCUAUAUCGACAUAACCUGAAAGGCUGCUCAGCAAGGAAGAAGCCACUGCUCCAAAAGCGCCAUAAAAAAGCCAGACUACGGUUUGCAACUGCAGGUGGGGACAAAGAUUGUGCUUUUUGGAGAAAUGUUCUCUGGUCUGAUGAAACAAAAAUAGAACUGUUUGGCUAUAAUGACCAUCGUUAUGUUUGGAGGAGAAAAUGGGAUGCAUGUGGAACACCAUCACAAACUGUGAAGCACUGGUUUGGCAGCAUCAUGUUGUGGGGGUGCUUUGCUGCAGGAGGGACUGGUGUUCUUCACAAAAUAGAUGGCAUCACGAGGGAGGACAAUUAUGUGGAUAUAUUGAAGCAACAUCUCAAGACAUCAGUCAGGAAGUUAAAGCUUGGUCGCAAAUGGGUCUUCCAAAUGAACAAUGACCCCAAGCAUACUUCCAAAGUUGUGGCGAAAUGGCUUAAGGACAACAAAGUCAAGGUAUUGGAGUGGCCAUCACAAAGCCCUGACCUCAAUCCCAUGGAAGAUUUGUGGGCAGAACUGAAAAAGCGUGUGCGAGCAAGGAGGCCUACAAACCUGACACAGUUAUACCAGCUCUGUCAAGAGGAAUGGGCCAAAAUUCACCCAACUUAUUGUGAGAAGCUUGUGGAAGGCUACCCGAAAUGUUUGACCCAAGUUAAACAAUUUAAAGGCAAUGCUACCAAAUACUAAUUGAGUGAAUGUAAACUCCUGACCCACUGGGAACGUGAUGAAAGAAAUGAAAGCGGAGAUAAAUCAUUCUCUCUACUAUUAUGACAUUUCUCAUUCUAGUAAUAAAGUGGUGAUCCUAACUGACCUGAGACAGGGAAUUUUUACUAGGAUUAAAUGUCAGGAAUUGUGAAAACCUGAGUUUAAAUGUAUUUGGCUUAGGUGUAUGUAAACUUCCGACUUCAACUGUAUAUGUCAAGGUUAGGAUCAAUACCAUUUCAAUUCCAGUCAUUUCAGAAAGUGAACAAAUCCCAAAUUUCCCUCAUUGAAAAGUAUUGGAAGAGAAUUGGAAUUGAAAUAUCAGUGUACUUAAUCGACGUGGACAUUGAUUAAGGCAGCACCCUGCACCUCUGAUUCAGAGGGGUUUGAUGAAAUAAAUCCAGGAGACACAUUUCAGUUGAAUGCAUUGUGUUGUGCAACUGACUAGGUAUCUCGUUUCCCUUCCUGAAUUGAAAGGGAAUUGACCCUGAAGCUUUAUAUAUGUUUAUGAAUGCGUUUUACAUUUGCUAUGUAUGUUUUGUCUCCUUGAAUAUCGGCUGCAUUGAGAAAUUAAAUGAUUGAAAUGUG